AGAAAAUGUGAAUUCAGGACACACAAGGCAUAGUGAUACUGGAAGGCCAAAAAAUGUAUCUAAACUUGAGAGUAUUCCCAUGGGAAGGGGAGAAGCAGUCCAGUAUGGAGGAAAGACAAGCCUAACACGAAAUGCUAAGGGACGUACCAUUGUGAUAGAAAAGAAGUCUCCCUCCCCUGUACAUGGCUUUACAGACCAACAUAAUGUUGAAUUUAAUGUCAGAACUUGGGCAGGAAGUGAUUCUGCCACACAGCCUAACAUUCAGAAACAACAUACAAGACCUGAUUACCAAGCAGUACAAAAUCCUACGUCUCCAGUGUAUCAGGGGCAGAGUAAUUUGAACCCUUCAGUUGAUGUUGGUGUUAGGAAUAUAGAGACCAAGAUGUCUGAUUCUAAUAAUGACAACUACUUGAUAUGUGAUGAUUUAGGAGGUACAGGCUUUGAUAUUAAUGUGUUACCAGGAAGAGGCAUGGUACAACUACAGGGUGACAAAUCCUUUCUUCAUCAAUCACCACCUGUAGAUGGAAGAAAUAUGGUACAACUACAAGGUGGCAAAGGCUUGGUUCAUCAAUCGCCACCUGUAGAAGGAAGAGAUAUGGUACAACUGCAGGGUGGCAGAGCCUUGCUUCAUCAAUCACCACCUGUAACAGGAAGAGAUAUGGUACAACUGCAAGGUGGCGGAGCGUUGCUUCAUCAAUCACCACCUGUAGAAGGAAGAGGCAAGUCACAACUACCUGGUAACAGGGGAUUGCCACACCAUACUCAACCUGUAGAAGGAAGAGACAUAGUACAGCUACCUAGUAACAGGGUAUUGCCACACCAAACUCAACCUGUAGCAGGAAGAGAUAUGGUACAACUGCAAGGUGGCGGAGCGUUGCUUCAUCAAUCACCACCUGUAGAAGGAAGAGACAAGGUACAACUACCUGGUAACAGCGGAUUGCCGCACAAUACUCAACCUGUAGAAGAAGGAAGAGAAAGAGUACAACUACUUGGUAACAGAGUAUUGCCACACCAAACUCAACCAGUAGAAGGAAGAGAUAUGGUACAACUGCAAGGUGGCAGUGCCUUGCUUCAUCAAUCAUCACCUGUAGAAGGAAGAGACAAGGUACAACUACCUGGUAACAGAGCAUUGCCACACCAAACUCAACCAGUAGAAGAAGGAAGAGAAAGAGUAAAACUACCUGGUAACAGAGCAUUGCCACACCAAACUCAACCAGUAGAAGGAAGAGAUAUGGUACAACUGCAAGGUGGCAGUGCCUUGCUUCAUCAAUCACCACCUGUACAAGGAAGGGACAAGGUAAAACUACCUAGUAGCAGUGCAUUGUCACACCAAACUCAUUCUAUAGAAGGAAGGGACAUGGUACAACUUCAAGGUAGCAGAGCCUUGCUACAUCAGACAUCACCUGUACAGAAUAAAAGACAACCAUUAUUCCCGUACAGUAAUACUAUUUUCCAAAGGCAAUUUCCACAGAAGGAACCUGCUAAUCAAUCACCUACUACUUCACCGUCAAAUUUUUCAUCUGAAAAAAUAAAACAUACAAAUCAACAAGAGCGACAUACAGAUGUAAUAUUUAAAGACAGUACAGGACAAAUAUGGGUAGCCCCAUCAUCAGAGCAGGAGCCUGAAAGCUUAAAGAAUUAUCAGGAAAACUUGAGAAGCCCUUAUAAUCAAGGAAUGGGUAACUGGAGGAAUCACCCAGAGCAGGGAAGCAGUAGCUGGAGAGGCCAUCCGGAUCAGGGAAGAGGCAACUGGAGAAGUUACCAAGAUCAGUGGCCAGGUAACUGGAGAAGUAAUUCAAAUCAGGGCAACUGGAAAAACAGAGAUCAGAGACCAGACAACUGGAGACCAUCUAAUUGGGAGGCAGGCGAUUGGAAAUCCCCUUCAAAUCAAAGGCCAGUAAACUGGAAUAGACAACCAGAUCAGAGGGCAUGGAAUUCAAGUCCUGAUCAGAUUUCUACCAACAAAAGUCCAUCUAAACAGGGAUCCGGCAGUAGUAACUGGAGAAGCCCAGACCCACAAACAUCAAGAAGACAAAGUACACAAAUAAUAGAACCUGUCAGUAAACCUGCUGCAUUGUCAGCAGAUGACAUGACAUUGGAACAGAAAAAGAAUGAGUUUGAAUGGCAGAAGUUCAAAGUAGUACGCAAAAUAAAAAAGACUCUGUCUACAGUGGAAGUGGAGGAAAUAAAACUAAAAGCGAAAGAGAUUUCAGAUAUUUUGGAUAGUGAAAUGUCACGUCUUGCCCCAUUCCCUGCUUCAUGGCCAAAGGAACGACAUGUUGCAUUGGAGGAAAUUCUGGAUAAAUCCAUACAAGAUGAGGUGUUCCUACCAAUAGCAGGUCCCCUUAUGGAAGAGCUUUAUGUAUUAAAACCAGAAAGUUUCAAGGAGAUAUUGUCUGAUGUACUUAAAAGGAAAGAACCUGAAUAUGUAAAGGUUUCCAGUGCAACAAAUAGUGACAAGCUAAGGUCAUCCUAUUGUUCCUACUUAAGUUCGAUUAUGGCAGGGUCAGACACUGGGGGAGAAGACUCCAAGUUCAAAGAAAUUGUUGAAAACAUCAUUAUGAAGCUGAUCCAAAGAUGGCUUUACUUUGACAUCAAGGGUGAGCAUUUGGAGAUGGAGGAGUAUCUCAAUGUGCUUGGUACUUGCCUUGCAAUGCUAGUGAAGUCAUUGCUUCCUAUUUUAGUGAAAGACCAAAAGAGGAAAAUCUUUAAUCUUAUCAAGGAUAAAACAUUAACAAGUGGGCCACGGAAAAUGAAGCUAAAUAUGUUAUGUUUGCUCUUGCAAUGGAGUAGUGAUUGGAGAGAAGACUUGUUUUUUUCCGAGUAUCUGGAUGAUCCUGACACGAGUGGGCCAUUUAUGAAAGGUUCUGAAUCUAAAAAACCAUCCACUAAUAACUCGAGUGCCACCAAAGACAUUGGAUCAGCUACUGUCUCAAGUGCUGAUUGCAGUGAUAUUCGAACCAGUGGCAGUGAUGUCGGAUCCAGUAGUGUCGAAGUCAAAGUUUCUGUUAUUGCCAAAGAAACCAUAGAAAGGUCAGACAAACCUGCAGAGAGUGAAGCAAAUUCUGGUGCUAAUAAAACACAAGUUUCAAACUCAUUAUGUGCUAGCUGGUGGAAAGAGGACAUGAGGGAAGAGAUUGCAGGGAAACCUGGUGUUAAUUCUAAUCAAGUUUCAGAUUCUUCAUUAGCUGCUAGCUGGUGGGAAGAAGAUGAUAUGGUUGAUGGGAAUGAAGGAAAACCUAGUUGUAAUACAGCACACGUUUCAAAUACUGCAUCAUCUACUAGCGCGUGGAAAGAGGUGGACAUGGUGGAAGGGAAUGGGGAAAAACCUGGUGCUGAUAAAACACAAGUUGCAAAUUCUGCUUCAUCUGGUAGCUGGUGGGAAGAGGAGAAUGUACUGGAAGGCAAUUCUAGUCAGAAUGCUGACAAUACAAGUGCAGUGACAGACGCUGGAAAACCAAUGCAACCUGCUAAUGCUAGUGGUAACUGGUGGGAAGAAGAGCAGGUAGUGACGACUGGUGCUGAUCAGACCUCAGACAGAGGUGCUAUCGAAGCUAGAGUAGUGGUACCUUUUAUGGAAGUUGAGGGAUCUAGUGUUGGUAUAGGUACAUGCGCCAGCACCUGGGAAGCUGGGAACAAAGACCAAAAACAAAGUGACCUUGCUGUAAACACAGAUCAGAAUGGCUCAAUUCCUACAGAAGCUGAUGAACAAAGUGUGGUAAACAAUUCUACCUCUGUCGUGAGUCCUACCUUGCAGAAUAUUGCCUCACAAAGUCUUUCUAAUACAUCCCAAAACAUUUGUCAGCAAGGAUUGGAAAGAAAGAUAGAUCCCCAGCAACAGUUGCUUAAGGAGGCAGACAAAAACCAAGGGCUAAAUGAUGUCAAGAGUAUUAAUCAAAAUAAGAUGACAAAAACCAAACAAGGACGUCAUUCCUCUUUAAAGCAGACAAAGAGGAAAGGAUCACCGAACAUUAAACAAUUUGUUCUCGGUUGUCAAUUUCCAUCAUCGGACAAUGAUACUGACAAAAGUUACAAUGCUCACAAAGAAAAAGCCACUAAAAAUAAUGAGAUCAAGGCCCUUGACAAGAAGUAUGUUCAUCAUUGCCGGGAAGUCUGUCAGGAUCCACCUCUUGGUAUUGUUGAUACUUCUGCACAGAAAUGCUCUGGUGUGGAUACAAGUGGAAGCACAUCAAAACUACAAGCAAUAUUGACCCCCAACAUUCACGGGUUGCCAAGUACUCCUGUUGAUAAUAAUGAACAUCCAGAUGUCAUUUCAGUUCAGGAUUCAGAGAAUUCAGAAUUUGAAUCAAAAUCUAGGAUUCAAUUUGACCUUAUGCCAAGCAUUAGCUGGACCAGUUCAUUGUUUGGAAAGGGAUUCAGAAAGCUAGUGGGUACUUAUCUGAAUUCAUCAAGCAAAGAUGUCCUCGAUUCCAAAGAAAUCUGUACACAUUCUGAAGAUAAGUCUCCACCUGUAGACUUUGGUACCUCUGUAGAUGAAGGUAAAGAACUAUACGCUGAAGAAAGGCAUCAGACUGGAGAUCGUCAGAGUGAAGGUGGAAAUGAUGUCAAUGGUGGAUUGAUUCAGAUGCAGAAAAGCAAUCUAGAAGCUGAAACUGAAGUUGUAUGCAUCUCUGAUUUAAGCACAGCACAAAGUCAGUCCACGUACACGGUCAACUCUAGUCCAACGACCGUCAACUCUGGACCUCCUUCACUUAGUUGUUUGUCCUCCCUUUCAGUAACUCCUGAAAGCUUGCCAGACUUACUCAAACGUGAAACCUCCUCUAUUAAAGCCACUGACAAAAGCUCAGAAAUCAAGCUUCGAGCAAUGCAGUCAACUCACCAAGAAACUGAUGCAAACACCGCAACCGCAACUUUAUCUACAGAACCAAACUCAACAGAAACUGUCGACAUAAAUGAAGGUGACAUUGAUACAGAGGAAAAGUCAUAUCAGAUUGAUCGUAGCAGAAAAAAAGUAAAAAAGAAAGAAAAAUGGCAUCCUUUCAUCUAUCAUAAUCACGAUGCUAUAAAUUUGUUAUUGACUGAUGAAACUACAGAAUCUGAUGAUACCAAUUUUGUCAAGUCAAGACAAAAAAGUAAUAGAUUAUUAAAACCGAGACAGAAGUCAAUCACAAAUAGACAGUGCUACAUAUGCCGCAGUAGAGAACAUUCAACAAAGGAAUGUCAUAUACACAAAAAGUUGGAUAUUAAACUUGAAGAGAAACAGAAGGAGGCCAAGGAGGAAGUAAAAAAGGCCACCACAAGGAAUUUGGUUCAUAAAUUGGUUUUUUAAUAUUCCAGUACUACAUACCAUGUAGUGUACUUUCACACAGAUUUUUAUUUAAAUGAGUCUUCCUGUUGUAUCUUUGCCAAUCACAGAAUAGAAAAAUGUAGUAAGUAGUAUACCUGCAGAUAUUUAGUCUGUUUUGUUUUAUAGAUUCCAUUUUUUUUAAAGGUUUUUCGUAUAAGACAGCCAGUUAGGCAUUGAUUUUACUUUUUUUAAAUGCAUGUGGUUUUAGCCGAGUUGUAGGUAUGCAUUAAUGCCUAUUAAGAAAUUGGUAGAUGGUAGUGUAGCUGUUUUGUACAAAGCCUCAACAUUGCAUUUUUACAGUAGAGUAAUACUGUAUAUGUGUUUUUCUCCGUAUUAAAUACGUUUCUGUACUCAUUCUGAAUAUGUUGUCAUUAGAGUGGUCUCAAGUUGGAAGAAUUAAAUUCCGGUGUGGGGGAAGGGCGGUGGAGAGAGCUCCCCUCUCUUACCCCGUCGGGGAGAAAUAAAUUAUAUACUGUAUUUCCAACAUAUUAAUAAAUUUACUUUUAGGGCCUUCGACCACUUUCGAUAUAUUCAGAGCAACUCCAGACCUGAGAAUUCGCAAUUGGUAGAGCAGGGAGGGGCUUUCACAGAUGGUUGUGGCUGUGGUAGGAAAAUUUAUGGUUAUGCACACCCCUAGAUGGCCGGAAAUGGCACUCUCAGGCUUAAAUUUGAAUACGAUUUUCUUUUUCUCCAUUUGUUUUAAUUUAGAAAAGUUUGGGGUGGGGGCAUUCACUCUUAUCCGGUUAAUAAGCUUUUGUAACAUUUAUUUGUAUUUGCUGCACAUUGUGAUCUCCGUUGAUUGGUCUACACUGCUUUCCAAAUAAACCAUUAUUUUUAUUACAAUAAUAAUAUUCUUGAGAUUAAUUGCUACCCUGAAGGCAGUGUGUAACAAUGAGACUUUCUUAAGUUAUAGUAUUGUAAACACAUAUAUUUAGUUUUGACAAUAAAAAGAAACCAAUAUUUGA